ACUGGACCAAGAGUGUUCGGUGCAGCUCCCGGAGCGUCUGUCUCUGCGCAAGAUGCUCAGCAGAACCGGGGAAAACCUGUCGGCCGAUUAACUACGUUCCUCCCUGUGAUGUUAAGGAAGAGUCAGAAUGACUAUCCCCAAAGAUAUUCCUGAAAAGUGGUUCCCCAUCGUUCUUCCACUGCAACAGAAGAAACAACAAGGACUAGCUGCUAAAACCAAGAAGACGUGGACAGAGGAGGAGAGGAGGGUCCGGGCCAAUGACAGAGAAUACAACGAGAAGUUUCAGUAUGCGAGUAACUGUAUUGUGACGUCUAAGUACAACGUCAUCACCUUUCUGCCCGUCAACCUGUUUGAACAGUUCCAGGAAGUGGCCAACACCUACUUCCUCUUUCUGCUCAUACUGCAGUUGAUUCCUCAGAUCUCGUCUCUCUCCUGGUUCACCACCAUAGUGCCUUUAGUCCUGGUGCUCAGCAUCACUGCAGUAAAGGAUGCCACUGACGACUACUUCCGUCACAAGAGUGACAACCAGGUGAACAACCGGCAGUCUCAGGUCGUCAUCCACGGCUCUCUUCAGAAGGAGAAGUGGAUGAAUGUAAGAGUGGGUGAUAUCAUUAAACUGGAGAAUAACCAGUUUGUGGCAGCUGACCUUCUCUUACUGUCCAGUAGUGAACCUCAUAGCCUCUGUUACAUCGAGACCGCAGAGCUAGAUGGGGAGACCAAUAUGAAGGUGCGUCAGUCUCUGUCUGUGACUGCAGAGCUUGGAGACCCCAACAGCCUGGCCUCUUUUGAUGGUGAGGUGGUCUGUGAGCCUCCCAACAACAAGCUGGACAGGUUCUGUGGUCUUCUGUGCUGGAGAGAUUGUAAAUACCCCCUGAGCAACCACAACAUGUUACUACGAGGCUGUGUUCUCCGCAACACAGAGACCUGCUACGGACUGGUCAUCUUUGCAGGCCCAGACACCAAGCUGAUGCAGAAUAGUGGUCGCACCAAGUUCAAACGCACAAGCAUCGACCGCCUCAUGAACACACUGGUGCUCUGGAUCUUUGGCUUCAUGGUGUGUAUGGGUGUGAUCCUGGCUGUGGGGAACGCUGUGUGGGAGAGAGAGGUGGGUUCUCUGUUCCAGAGUUACCUGGCCUGGGACCUGCCUGUAGACAACUUCCUGUUCUCUGCUUUCCUCUCCUUCUGGUCCUACGUCAUCAUUCUCAACACCGUGGUGCCCAUCUCACUCUACGUCAGUGUGGAGGUGAUUAGGCUGGGUCAUAGUUACUUUAUAAACUGGGACAGGAAGAUGUUCUGUCCACAGUGUAACACAGCAGCUGAAGCCAGGACCACCACUCUCAACGAGGAACUGGGACAGGUGGAGUACAUCUUCAGUGACAAGACAGGAACGCUCACUCAGAACAUCAUGAGCUUCAGCAAGUGCUCUAUCAAUGGACAUGCCUAUGGUGAGGUGAUCGACCCGUUGGGAGCACAGCCAAAGAGGCUAGACUUCACCUCCUUCAACCCCCUGGCGGACCCUGACUUCUGUUACUAUGACAACGGUCUGCUGAAGUCGGUGAAGCUGGGAGACCUUCACAGCCACGAGUUCUUCCGGCUGCUUUCCCUCUGUCACACCGUCAUGAGUGAGGAGAAGAAGGAGGGAGAGUUGAUGUAUAAGGCCCAGUCUCCAGAUGAGGGUGCGUUGGUGACAGCAGCCAGGAACUUUGGUUUUGUGUUCCGGUCUAGAACCCCUGGUACUGUCACUGUGACAGAGCUGGGCCGACCCGUCACAUACACACUGCUGGCCAUCCUCGACUUCAACAACAUCCGCAAGAGGAUGUCCGUUAUAGUGCGUAACCCCGAGGGGAGGAUCCGUCUAUACUGUAAAGGAGCUGAUACUCUGUUGUUUGAGAGGCUCCACUCCUCCAACAAUCACCUGAUGAACAUCACAACAGAUCACCUUAAUGAGUAUGCUGGGGACGGUCUGCGGACCCUGGCCCUGGCCUACAGAGACCUGUCAGAGGAGCAGUGGGAGGAGUGGUCAGAGAGACACCGCCAAGCAGACAGAGCUACAGACUGUAGAGAGGACAGACUGGCUGACAUAUAUGAACACAUAGAACAGGAUAUGAUGCUCCUGGGAGCCACAGCCAUAGAGGAUAAGCUACAGGAGGGAGUUCCUGAGACCAUCGCUAUUCUCUCUCUUGCUAACAUCAAGAUCUGGGUCCUCACGGGAGACAAACAGGAGACAGCAGUUAAUAUAGGUUACUCCUGUAAGAUGCUGACGGGUGAUAUGACUGAGGUGUUCAUCAUCAGUGGAAACACAGUGCUGAGUGUUAGAGAGGAACUCAGGAGAGCGAGGGAGAGGAUGAUAGAGUUUGCCCGUACGAGAGAGGGAGAAAAGGAGGAGGGGAUGGAGGGAUGGGGUGAGGCCUGUUCUCUGGGGAAUGGGUUUGGGGGAGAUGGGGGAGGAGAGGGGGAGAGUGGCCCUCCGUGGGGGACAAACAGCAAGUGUCCCCCUCCCCCUGCCCCACCCCCUCGACCCCCCUCCUCAACCACGCUAGACUCCAUAUCUGGAGAGUUCGCCCUCGUCAUCAACGGACAUAGCCUGGCCCAUGCGUUGGAGGCUGAUAUGGAGGGGGAGUUUGUGUCUACAGCGUGUGUCUGUAGAGCAGUGAUCUGCUGCAGGGUGACUCCUCUACAGAAAGCCCUGGUGGUGGAGCUCAUCAAGAAACACAAGAAAGCUGUCACCCUGGCCAUAGGAGACGGGGCUAAUGAUGUUAGCAUGAUCAAGACGGCUCAUAUAGGAGUGGGCAUCAGUGGUCAGGAGGGCAUCCAGGCAGUGCUGGCGUCUGACUACUCCUUCUCCCAGUUCCGCUUCCUCCAGCGCCUGCUGCUGGUCCACGGACGCUGGUCCUACCUCCGCAUGUGUCGCUUCCUCUGCUACUUCUUCUACAAGAACUUUGCCUUCACCAUGGUGCACUUCUGGUUUGGCUUCUUCUGUGGCUUCUCUGCCCAGACAGUAUAUGAUCAGUACUUCAUCACUCUCUAUAACAUCGUCUACACCUCUCUCCCCGUGCUGGCCAUGGGAAUAUUUGACCAGGACGUCCCAGAGCAGCAUAGUCUGGAGUAUCCUAAGCUGUAUGAGCCAGGUCAGCUUAACCUGCUGUUCAACAAGAGAGAGUUCUUCAUCUGUAUAACCCAGGGUAUCUACACUAGUGUUGUGUUGUUCUUCGUACCCUAUGCCAUCCUGUCCCACGGAACCCAGGGCACCGGGGAACCCCUCGCUGACUACCAGACCUUUGCUGUUACCACGGCCACCGCCCUGGUGAUCGUGGUCAGUGUGCAGAUUGCUCUGGACACAGGCUACUGGACAGCCAUCAACCAUUUCUUUGUGUGGGGCUCUGUGAGCUCCUUCUUCACCAUCAUGUUGGCUAUGCACAGCCAGACUCUAUUCAGCAUCUUUCCCAACCAGUUCCACUUCGUAGGCAGUGCCCAGAGCACACUGGUCCAGCCGCUGGUGUGGCUGACCAUCGUCUUGGCCACAGUGAUUUGCAUCGUUCCAGUUCUGGCUUUCCGAUUCCUCAAACUGGACCUGAAACCACAGCUCUCUGAUACGGUGCGUUACACCCAGCUGGUGCGUCAGAAGACGAGGAAGCCAGCGGGUCGAUGCAUGGGAGGAGUCAGGGUCGGGGGCGUGCCUGAGGGUCGUCUGGGGGCAAGGGGCGGGUUCAGGAGGUCAGGAUAUGCCUUUGCCCACCAGGAGGGCUUUGGGGAGCUCAUCACCUCUGGGAAGAACAUGAGACUGUCCUCCCUGGCCUUGGCCAACUUUGCCUCCAGACACAGCUCCAGCUGGAUAGACACCCUGCGCAAAAAGAAACACUCAAAUACACAUCCCCCGCAGAGCGCCUCAGGAGAGAGCAGCCCGGCACCUAGCUAUGUGUCGGGAUCGGCUCCCCCCCUGUCUAAUUCAUCCUCUCUCCUGGGGGGGUCACAGGAUACUCCGCUGGAGGAGGGAACACACACGCUGCCUGUCAUACUCCCACAGGUGGCUUCUGGCCCUCCCACAAACACACCAGCGUUAGCUCCAGCCCAGGUCCCCUCUGCUGACGCUCUCACUCCCACCUCUGUGAGGAGUCCUGGGGGAGACUCGGUUGGUGGCUGGAACCUUAGUCUGGGCGCUGUACAGGAUGCUCUAUUUGGUUGGAGGGGCGUCGCCUAUCGCACCAGCGGAGCCAGCAGCCCGGGACCUCCCCCUGUUCCCAAGGAAACCAACCACACCGUAUGAGACGGACAGACAGAUGGACAGAUGAUAGAAAGAAGAAGGAGAGGCUGUCAUUUCCCACUGGAUUCUCUUGGAAUACGUGAAGAAAUACUGCAUUUGGAAGUUUGGAAUACUGAAGGUGGAAUGUUUGGAAUGGCACUCACCCUGGGUUAGGAAGAGAUCCACAGUGGCAGCCAUUGUAGGCGGAAGGCAUGCACACCCAUCAACACCCACUGGCAUUUGUAUGACACUGUCGUUGCAAUAGUGUUGGUACAUAUAUGUUUCCGUCUGAAAGACUACUGUGAUUAUUAUUAUUUGACCAUGCUGGUCAUUUAUGAACAUUUGAACAUCUUGGCCAUGUUCUGUUAUAAUCUCCACCCGGCACAGCCAGAAGAGGACUGGCCAUCCCUCAUAGCCUGAUUCCUCUCUAGGUUUCUUCCUAGUUUUUGGCCUUUCUAGGGAGUUUUUCCUAGCCACCGUGCUUCUACACCUGCAUUGCUUGCUGUUUGGGGUUUUAGGCUGGGUUUCUGUACAGCACUUUGAGAUAUCAGCUGAUGUAAGAAGGGCUAUAUAAAUACAUUUUAUUUGAAAUACAUUUUAUUUGAAAGAUAGUGUGUGGUAGUUGUAAUAGACAUGCUCAGACUACCUACAACCCACUUCUCUGUCUUCUUCAACCAAUGAGGCAGGCUGAAAGAAGCACUUCUUCAUGCAAAUGAUGUAACCAUCUGCUGAAGAGCUUGGUACCACAGGGUUCCGGACAGAAACCCCGCUCCAACAGCACCGCUGUGGUUCAGACAUGACUAUACUAUUUAUACAAUGGAUCAUAUGUCAUAACAUCAUAUCAGAUUGGUUCAAAACAAAGUAUUGAAUUGAGUCUUUAUGACAGAAGAGAGGUUCAUUUGAUGGUCAGAAAGGUGGUGAAUUGAGUCUUUAUGACAGAAGAGAGGUUCAUUUGAUGGUCAGAAAGGUGGUGAAUUGAGUCUUUAUGACAGAAGAGAGGUUCAUUUGAUGGUCAGAAAGGUGGUGAAUUGAGUCUUUAUGACAGAAGAGAGGUUCAUUUGAUGGUCAGAAAGGUGGUGAAUUGAGUCUUUAUGACAGAAGAGAGAUUCAUUUGAUCAUCAGAAAGGUGGUGAAUUGAGUCUUUAUGACAGAAGAGAGGUUCAUUUGAUCAUCAGAAAGGUGGUGAAUUGAGUCUUUAUGACAGAAGAGAGGUUCAUUUGAUCAUCAGAAAGGUGGUGAAUUGAGUCUUUAUGACAGAAGAGAGAUUCAUUUGAUCAUCAGAAAGGUGGUGAAUUGAGUCUUUAUGACAGAAGAGAGGUUCAUUUGAUGGUCAGAAAGGUGGUGAAUUGAGUCUUUAUGACAGAAGAGAGGUUCAUUUGAUCAUCAGAAAGGUGGUGAAUUGAGUCUUUAUGACAGAAGAGAGGUUCAUUUGAUGGUCAAAAAGGUGGUGAAUUGAGAUGAAAUAGCAGAAUGAGUGUUUUUUAUGAUGAGCUGCUGUUAGACAUAGUACUCCAAUACACCUGUCUGUAUCCAGCUGUUAACCAAUCAUAAACAUGUCUUUAAUAGGCCAAGUAAUGCUAUCUACCUUCUGUAAUAAUGUAUGACAGCGUGUAAACCAAUGCAGUAGUGUAGAGCUGUCCCUCUAACCUGUACAGUCUGUAUGAGGAAUGUCUCUAGAACCUUAUCAGUGGUCCUGGUCUUUGUAUUCAUGAUUACAUAUUGCUGUGUCACCAUGCCCAAAGGCUUAGUCAAACCAGACAGGCUGCACCAUCCUACACUCUUAUGGGUACAUACUACUGUACAUUCUCUAUCUGUCUGCCUGACUGACAUCUUCACAUACAUAGUCUGUCUGUUGUUUUAGCCAAUAACUUGGCAGGACACUGAGGGGUUCAGUCAGCCAACCAAUGACUAAUGAAUGCAGGAUGCUGUCCUUGCUGGAAUGUUGUAGUAUAUGUCAUCAUAAGUUCGUGGGCAGAGUUUCUAUGUUCACUAUAGUUCUCAGUGAGAACGCCAUUUUAACCUUACAGGACACAGCAAGACUCCUCUUCGUCAUGUUCUUCUUCAUCCUCCUCCACUGCACCAUAUUGGUGACCUGCUGCUGGGCCCACAGACAGAACUACAGUUAUAUCUCUGACUCUGAGCCCCACCCGUACUGGGCUUAAGAGAGAGGAGAUGGACUUCUAACAACAACCUGGACCUCCAUGUUGCUUUGGGCGGACUGACUCUGAGGCGUUGUGAGAGACAAUGGACAAUAAGCCCUCUAUGGCGUCCAUGUUGCUUUGGGGCGAACUGAGUGUGUGGGAAAAGUAUGCUAAUGUGGGCUUAUGCAGUCAGACAGGAACCUGUCGUUACCUAGAGACUGAGCUGGUCUAGGAACAGGAGAACGUGUUAAUGAACGGAGGCUUGGGAGGGAGGGAUCAGGGUUAUUAUUAUUAAGCCUUAAUAAAUCCACAGUAAUGAUGAUCAACCCAGUUCAUCCCUCUACUAGGCAUGUCAUCAUGUAACGUAUUCCUUCUAUACAGCAGGGGAAACAAACCCAGUCCUCCAGGGCCACUGGAAUGAUGCUUUCACUGUUGUACUCUACAGCAUACAGCUUCUGGUUAGAAAGAUAUAGGGUGAAACUAGGUGAAACAGCUGUUGUACUCUACAGCAUACAGCUUCUGGUUAGAAAGAUAUAGGGUGAAACUAGGUGAGACAGCUGUUGUACUCUACAGCAUACAGCUUCUGGUUAGAAAGAUAUAGGGUGAAACUAGGUGAGACAGCUGUUGUACUCUACAGCAUACAGCUUCUGGUUAGAAAGAUAUAGGGUGAAACUUGGUGAGACAGCUGUUGUACUCUACAGCAUACAGCUUCUGGUUAGAAAGAUGUAGGGUGAAACUAGGUGAGACAGCUGUUGUACUCUACAGCUUACAGCUUCUGGUUAGAAAGAUAUAGGGUGAAACUAGGUGAGACAGCUGUUGUACUCUACAGCAUACAGCUUCUGGUUAGAAAGAUGUAGGGUGAAACUAGGUGAGACAGCUGUUGUACUCUACAGCAUACAGCUUCUGGUUAGAAAGAUAUAGGGUGAAACUAGGUGAGACAGCUGUUGUACUCUACAGCAUACAGCUUCUGGUUAGAAAGAUAUAGGGUGAAACUAGGUGAGACAGCUGUUGUACUCUACAGCAUACAGCUUCUGGUUAGAAAGAUAUAGGGUGAAACUAGGUGAGACAGCUGUUGUACUCUACAGCAUACAGCUUCUGGUUAGAAAGAUAUAGGGUGAAACUUGGUGAGACAGCUGUUGUACUCUACAGCAUACAGCUUCUGGUUAGACAGAUUAUAGGGUGAAACCAGCACAACCAGUCUCUGCUCUCCCUGCUGUAGAGGGCUCAAACCACCUGUAAGUCAGUGCAACUCAAUAUCACACUCAAUUUGUGCAAAUAUGUACAAAAAGUCUUUCAGCAGAUUUUGUGUAUUUUUAUGUGGCUUAAUUUGUGUGAAAAUACAAAAAAAAUGCUCUUA